GUCGCCGUCAUGUCUUCAGUGCAACCACCCAACGAGCCUCCGGAGGAGAACGACAACACCGAGCAGAAGCCUGAAGCUCAGGCUUCGUCGUCAACGACCCCAGCGGCUCCGGACGAGUCCGCGAUGGACACAACGCCCGACCAGCCGCCAGAGGAGACCUGGGAGGACAUCCCGGAGGACAUCAAGUCUUUGUCGACAGAUGAGAUUACGACGCGGACACGGCUGAUUGACAAUGACCUCCGAGUCAUACGCUCCGAGACACUGCGGCUGCAGCACGAACAGGCGCAGAUGAAGGAGAAGAUCAGGGACAACGGUGAGAAGAUCAAGCAGAACAAGGUCCUGCCUUAUCUCGUGUCGAACGUCGUGGAGAUCCUUGACCUUGACCCCGAAGGCGAAGAGGACGGUGCCAACAGGGACGUCGAUGCUGCGCGCAAAGGGAAGUCUGCUGUUAUCAAGACCUCGACUCGACAGACCGUGUUUCUUCCCAUCAUUGGUCUCGUCCCUCCCGAACAGCUCAAACCCAAUGACCUCAUCGGUGUCAACAAGGACUCCUAUCUGGUCCUCGACACAUUACCUUCGGAGUACGACUCUCGUGUCAAGGCAAUGGAGGUUGAUGAGAGACCUACGGAGACGUAUACCGAUGUCGGUGGUCUGGAGAAGCAGAUCGAAGAGCUUGUGGAGGCGAUCGUCUUGCCAAUGGAGCAGGCGGAUAAGUUCAAGACCCUUGGUAUCACGCCACCGAAGGGUUGCCUGAUGUAUGGUCCCCCAGGUACCGGAAAGACACUCAUGGCUCGUGCCUGUGCUGCGCAAACCAAGGCGUGCUACCUCAAGCUUGCUGGCCCAUCACUGGUGCAGAUGUACAUUGGUGACGGUGCCAAGCUCGUUCGUGACGCGUUCGCUCUGGCGAAGGAGAAGGCUCCGGCCAUCAUCUUCAUCGACGAGUUGGAUGCCAUCGGUACCAAGCGUUUCGACUCCGAGAAGAGUGGAGACCGAGAGGUACAGCGGACCAUGUUGGAGUUGCUCAACCAGCUUGACGGUUUCGGUAGUGAUGAGCGCAUUAAGGUCAUUGCAGCAACAAACCGUAUCGAUAUUCUGGAUCCCGCUCUGCUCCGUUCCGGUCGUCUUGACAGGAAGAUCGAGUUCCCGCUUCCGAAUGAGACCUCCCGCGCUCGGAUUCUCGAGAUCCACUCGCGGAAGAUGGCUGUUUCACCGGACGUCAAUUUUGAAGAGCUGGCGCGGAGUACCGACGAGUUCAACGGCGCGCAACUCAAGGCUGUAUGCGUUGAGGCGGGUAUGAUUGCCCUGCGAGAGGGCGCUACCAAGCUCAACCACGAACACUUCCUAAGCGGUAUCGCUGAGGUGCAAAGUAAGAAGAAGAACGACCUCAUGUAUUUCGCGUAGAUUAUCACUGCAUGGUACGGCUUUGUAUUAUUGUCACCUUACUGCAUCUUCUUUCCGUUUUCAUCUUAUCUGUGAUUUCCGAACGCCUCAGUGCGGU